AAGAAGGAAGCGUGAGGGCCAGUUGACUUUGCAUGUGCAUCUAUAAACCAUUCAACCUUCAUCUGGUGCUGAUUUCAGUCCAAGCGUCAAACAUGCAGGCAGCAAUGGACAUUACAGCCAAAUUCUGCCAGAAGGAGAUGGAGGAGUACGGAGCCUGUGUGGCUUCUAAUCCAUCAGCGUGGCAGGAGCAGUGUCACCACCUGAAGGUGAAGGUGGCUCAGUGCACCUCCUCUCAUCCAGUGAUCAGGAAGAUCCGGGCAGACUGUGCCGGAGAGUUCGCAGAGUUUGAGCGCUGCCUGAGGGAAAACCAGUCCUCAGCUCAGGCCUGCUCGUCACACGUGGCACGCUUUCUGGCCUGCGCCAACACUGUGGACAUUACAGGAUUAGUGAAUCCAGAAUCUCAGCCCACAUGAAACCUUCUUCCAUCACUGCGGGAUUAAGUCAUGGACUCUAUUAAUUUAACACGGUUCUACUUGAACACAUUUCAUGUUCACUCACUCACUCACACACACACACACACACACUAUAUUGUAAUAAGUGUUGUGAACUCUACAGAAAGCCGACAGUAAGCUGGGAGAUCCCACGAGUCAGGAAUCAUGUCUGUUUGUACAGUUCAUGCUUAUAUAUAUAUAUUUUUUUAAUGGGAACUUGCAGACCUCAACAUGUUUAAAGUGACUUUAGAUUAAGGUGUCUAAAUAAAAUUUGAUCUGUUUUGAACAAACGGAGUGAAGUGUGUUGAUGGUAGCAUCGUGAUGAGAGUUACUCUUGGUCUUUUGGUUGCUUCACCUGGUCACCUGCCUGAUCUAGGCAGACUGCAGGGUGUUUGGGAUACGCUUUCAUUACCAAACCCUGACUGAAAGUGUUAAUAUAGUCUCAGGUCUGCCUCUGAAUGCAAUUGGUCCACUGCAAAUGAUCCAAAAUGCAGCUGUCUCCCACACCACUCCACUGAUACAAAACACUGACGCUUGCAUACAAAGCUAAGAAUGGACCAGCACCAUCUUACCUCAAAGCUCUUAUCACUCCUCACACUGCACCUCGCUUCCUCAGAUCCACUAGCACUGCUGGACUGGUUCCACCAUCUCUCAGGGUAAGAGGAAGGUAUACAUCUAGACUCUUCUCUGUUCUGGCACCUGGAAUGAACUUCCCCUAGACGUCCAAACAGUCUUCAAAUGAUGGAUGAAGACCUACCUCUUCCUGAAGCACUUAAACUAGCUCUU